CGCGUCGCGUCGGAGUCAGCCAACCACCGGCGGCGGCGGCGACUACCUCGCGCACGGCGGACGGCGGCGAGCGGCGAUCUGCCUCCGCCGCGCUCGUGCCUCGUCCCGCCGUGUAACCAAGGCUCGUCUACUUGAAGCGAACCCUCACCUCCCAUCCUGUGAAACCUGAAGUUUCUAGCCAAGGUUUUUGAGCUCAGUAGUAUUAUUGGGAGGAAGGGUACACUAUUUUGCAUUCUUGAAGUUCACUGACCAUCAUUUGAGAAUGGACUCACGAUCACCGAAAAUUCCACGGAGAAGUCCUGAUGAUUCCAAGGAUAAGGACUCCGACAGGAACAGGGGAAGAGAUGAAAAGAAUGAUUGGGACUCAUCAAGAACAUAUGGUUCUGAGACUGAUUGCAAGGAGGAAAGGUGUGAUACCAAUAAGAGGAAGGGUUCUGCCAUGGGGGAGGAUGUUGGUGAUGAUAGCAGAUCAGUGGAUAGAAGUCAUGAAACUGAAGUGCAUGUGUUUAAUGAUAAGCAGGAUAAAGCUGUAGAGAUAAAAAACAUUUUGCAUGAUGGAGUUGGACAGAGUGACUAUGGUCAACGCCAACUAGGCUUGGACAAUGAAAGAAGAAAUGGUACAGUAGAUAAAUCAAGAGUGGAUGCCCACAUAGAUGACAAAUUGGGCAGCGGGAGGGACAGAAACUGGACUGGCAAAACACAGGAGCCUGAAGGAUCUGUGGACUAUUUGAGGAGUUGUAAAUCGCAAGAUUCUAAAGAGGCAAGUGACUCGGAAUGGAAGAAUGCACAGGAAAGACAGGAUGGUGGGGGUUUCCAUGGGCGAGUUGGUUACCGGCGAGAUUUUAGGGGUAGAUCUGAAAGUACUAGAGGUUCUUCAACCUAUGGAAGUCGGUAUGACACUUCUGAUUCGAUAGAGAUUCGACCAAAUAAUAGUCUUGAUUUUGGACGAGAGGGCUCUGUUUCUGGAAGAUAUGACGUGGGAGUGGGAGCUCAUCGAGAUGUAACAUAUGGAACAAACGGUGAUAAAGUCACCAAUUCUGAACCAGAUCAAAGUGGCAGUGCCAGCAUGAUUUCUCAAUUUCCUCAACAUGGUCAUAAAGGUGAUAGACCCUCCAGAGGAGGAAGGGGUAGACCAAAUGGCAGGGAUUCUCAAAGAGUUGGAGUCACAUUACCAAUUAUGCCCCCUCCUUUUGGUCCUCUUGGUCUGCCACCGGGACCAAUGCAACAUAUUGGGCCAAAUAUUCCCCACUCUCCAGGCCAUCCUCUUCUACCUGGUGUUUUUGUGCCGCCAUUUCCUGGGGGCCCUCUUUUGUGGCCUGGGGCUCGAGGUGUUGAUGUGAAUAUGCUUUCUGUUCCACCCAACCUUCCCAUCCCUCCUCCAGUUGCUGGUGAACAUAGUUUCACUCCAGGUAUGGGAGCUGGACCUAAUAUUCACUUAAACCAAUUUGGCUCCGGAAUAGGUGCUCCAACAAAUAUGUCUGGAUUGAGUUUCCAUCAAUUGGGCACUCAAAGCCGUGAAAUGGUACAUGGCAAACCUCCCGUUGGUGGUGGUUGGACACCAAAUAGAAACAGUGGACCAACCAGAAAAGCUCCUUCAAGAGGUGAACAGAAUGAUUACUCACAGAACUUUGUGGACACUGGCAUGCGGCCUCAAAAUUUCAUUAGAGAAUUGGAUCUUACAAGCGUAGCAGAGGACUAUCCAAAACUGAGAGAACUCAUACAGAGGAAAGAUGAAAUUGUUGCCAAGUCUGCUUCACCACCAAUGUAUUAUAAGUGUGAUCUGCGGCAACAUGUUCUUUCUCCAGAAUUUUUUGGUACGAAGUUUGAUGUUAUUCUUGUGGAUCCCCCAUGGGAGGAAUAUGUUCACCGGGCACCAGGAAUCACAGAUCACAUAGAGUACUGGAACGGUGAGGAGAUUAUGAAUUUAAAGAUUGAGGCUAUAGCAGACACUCCAUCGUUUGUCUUCCUCUGGGUCGGUGAUGGUGUAGGUCUUGAACAGGGCCGUCAGUGUUUAAAGAAGUGGGGAUUUCGAAGAUGUGAGGAUGUUUGCUGGGUGAAAACCAACAAGAAAAGUGCAACACCCAGUCUGCGGCAUGACUCUCAUACAAUACUGCAACACUCAAAGGAGCAUUGCUUGAUGGGUAUAAAAGGAACAGUGCGACGUAGCACUGAUGGACAUGUCAUCCAUGCGAAUAUUGACACAGAUAUAAUAAUAGCCGAUGAACCAACCGAUGGCUCAACUAAAAAGCCUGAAGACAUGUACAGGAUAAUUGAGCAUUUUGCUCUUGGAAAGAGGCGCCUUGAACUCUUUGGAGAGGAUCAUAAUAUUCGUCCGGGUUGGCUUACUCUUGGGAAAGGUUUAUCGUAUUCCAACUUCAACAAGGAGGCAUAUGUUAAGAACUUUGCAGACAAGGAUGGUAAAGUAUGGCAGGGUGGAAGAAAUCCUCCUCCUGAGGCUCCUCACCUAGUUGUGACAACACCUGAGAUUGAAGGCCUCAGGCCGAAGUCACCCCCACAUAAGUAAGGGCAGAGCCAAUGGGCUAAGACAAGUGACCUGAUAGAGAAUCCCCAAAGAGAUCAGUUACCGUGAUUGGUUCGAAGGGUGCAAUGCUGGCUAAUUUUUUUGCAACUUUAGAUUUAAUGCCUCACGUUGCCUCUUGUUUAACCGAGGUCGUGUAGAUUUUCAGUCUCGCAGAAUGAAUGCUUUGCCGUGGUACGGCUCGAACAAGAUGGUUCAGCUUACAGCAAUUUGACAGCUCUAUUUCAAAGAAAAUCAUUCAGUAUUUGCCUUGUUGGUACAUCGGUCACAUAUAAAGUCACUUUUAUCAUUGA